AUGUUAUCCUUGCUAGCAGCCUCGCUCCUCCCCCUUCUCCGCGCCCCUCUCUCCCUCGCACAAACCGAACAACAACCCAUAGCCCAGACUUACCAAUGCAACAAUGGCGGCAUGCCGACCAACGACUGCUACCUCCGCAUAAAUCGGGACAACCCCAACGUCGCCUCCGCAUGGGGCGCCAAACUAGACGUGAACGCCGACCCCUCCGCCGUUCUGGAUCCCUCUGUCCUUCCCAACCUCCCCGACACAUGCACCUUCCCCAUGAAUCAGCUCUGCGCCUUCAUAUCUAAACUACCUGAGAGUUCGUACAACCAUUGGAUAUGGGCCCUCAGCCCGGGCCCAGGCUGUUUAGCCGCGAUGUUCGUGCCAAGUUUGAAUGGGAUUAGGGUGCCUACCUAUGCAGAGUGUCACGCGUACAUUGACAUUCCAUUGCGGGAGGCGCUGAUUAUCGGGACGGGGAACGGGCAGAAUAGGGUUAGUGUGAAUGUGGGAGGGUAUCCGGAUUUGCCGACGCUGGAGCAGUUGAUGCCAACGGUGUAUGGGGGUGCACCACUGCAGAUUGAUGUGCCGAAUCAGGGGAUUGGGGUUAAUGGGAGCUUGAGUUCUUGGUUUAUGACUUCGUAUACUUAUAUCCCUAUUGGUACAUUACCGCAACAGCCUGCCAACUCCGGCGGCUAG